GCCAAGGGCCUUGUCGGUUGUCCCCCCACUUCUAAGUGGGAGAAGAGAGAAGUUUAUACAAUUCAGUGCAAUUGUACCCUUUGCCCCCUGUCUCUGGUGCGGUGGAUUCGUGUUGAAUCGUGUUGCGUGCAUCAGUGUGCAUACGACGUUCGUUCAUUCAUCCGUCCGUUGUGUAAUUUUAGUGAUUUGUCGUCGUGCGUCGUACAAAGUGGUGUCACGAGGAUCCGCGGGCUUCGAGGUUCAUGGGCGUGUGCCACCGUUCCGCCGUCAGUUUGUAAGGAAGACACCGAUUUUUUUACCGCCCCGCCCCGCUGCAACUCGAUGCCCUCGAUAUCCUCGUGCAGAGCGAUCCCAUUUCCCGUCCCGUUUGCAGACGUGGUAAAUUUUACGAUGUAAACGAAGCAGCGGAGAGGCAAGAGAAAAUCCCCUCGCGUUUUGUCCUAUUCCUCUCCGUUCCUCUUCAGUCAAGAAGGGUGGAUCGCCCAGGUGGAUCGCCGAGGGAGAGAAGAGCGCGAGGAGAUCCCCAUUCGGGAGUCUUGUUUUGACGUGACAUCGACGUUUAGAUUUGAGUGCAGUUGACAGUCCGGAAAACAAGCAUGUCGGGCGCGCCGCAAAUGUCCAGUGGACUCAGCAAGCUAAAAAAGAAGCACUUCCGGGUGAAGCACCAGAAGGUUAAGCUGUUCCGUGCGAACGAGCCGCUGCUCAGUGUGUUUAUGUGGGGCGUUAAUCACACGAUAAAUGAACUUAGUCAUGUUAACAUUCCAGUAAUGCUCUUGCCAGAUGAUUUUAGAGCUUACAGCAAGUUGAAAGUAGAUAAUCAUCUUUUCAACAAAGAGAAUAUGCCCUCCCACUUCAAAAUCAAAGAAUAUUGUCCGUUAGUCUUUAGGAAUUUGCGAGAAAGGUUUGGAAUAGAUGAUUUGGAUUACAAGGAAUCAAUGACAAGAUGUCGGGUGUUUAAUCCUUCGCGAGCAAAGCAACAAACGGAUUUGGUCGAUGGAAUAGGCAGAAGAACUCGUCAAUUGGUUCAGCGCGCCGCUACCGUCCCAUCGAUUACCCUUUCCUCUCCUUCUUCUGCCUCCUCGCACAAUUCUAUUCUAAACAAACCGCUGUGUACCUACAGUCUUAAACCGAAACGCCUGAGAUCUCAACCAGUGCUUGACGAUUCAUCUGGGAAGAGUGGUGCAAAAUUUUAUCAAUCUUAUGACAAAUUGUUUAUAAUUAAAACCCUCACGAGCGAGGAAGUGGAAAGGAUGCAUUCGUUCUUGAAACAUUAUCAUCCCUAUAUUGUUGAACGACAUGGAAAGACACUGCUACCGCAAUACCUGGGAAUGUACCGAUUGACUGUUGACGGCGUCGAGUACUAUGUAGUUGCCAUAAGGAAUGUAUUCUCGAAUCAUCUGACGACGCACAAGAAAUUCGACUUAAAAGGCUCGACGGUAGAUCGAGAAGCGUCAGAUAAAGAGAAAGAGAAGGAUCUCCCUACCUACAAGGAUAACGAUUUCGUUAAAGAGGGUAUGAAGAUUUACAUCGGAGAAGAAGCCAAAACUAAGCUAAUAGAAACACUAACCGCUGAUGUAGAUUUCUUAACAAGAUUACACUUGAUGGAUUACUCCUUGCUACUUGGCUUACAUGAUUGUGCGCGCGCCGAGCAAGAGAGCAGAGAACGUGCAGAAAGAGAGGAUGAUGAGGACAAUCAUGAAGAAGAGGACGACAGCGAGUCAGGUAGCGGACUGGAGUCUCGAGGUCCAUUGGCAGACCGCUUAUGGAGUUGGAGUGGCGUCGGUCACACGGUUACCAAUAUGGCAACACCUCCUGAGUCACCACAUGCAGCGUUAAUGCGUGACACCAGUUUACAGUACGAAGAUGCGAUAAUACCUGAGCUAGAUAUUUACGCUAUUCCUAGUAAAGAAGGUGCUCCCACAAAGGAGAUUUAUUUUUUGGCCAUAAUAGACGUGCUGACGCAUUAUGGUGUACGUAAACAAGCGGCGAAAGCGGCAAAGACCGUCAAAUAUGGUGCUAACGUUGACGGUAUAUCCACCUGUGAUCCAGAACAAUAUGGCAAACGAUUUAUAGAGUUCAUGAGCAAAGCCAUAGAGUAAAAAGUAUUAUUAAUCGUUGUGCAUAAAAUAAUGAAUUUACGACGAUAUUACUGUUUACUGUGUAUGGUCGGAGUGAAAUCGAAAUCGCAAAUCGAAAAAGGGAAAGUAAAACAGUUCUGGAGGUUAAAUUGUUGCAGUCUCCGUUCGGUUUGCUUUUCGAUACCGGUUAUCUUCUUUAGCACUUUCAUUUGCGAUUCAUAUACGAUCGAAUCGUUCGUUUCAUGAGCUUUUAAGUGAACACACAUUCUUCGUCGAUAUUGUUUAUUAUAUUUUACAGUAAAA